AUGUCCUUCGCCAUGCUGCGCUCGGCUCCGGGGCGCUUCCUGUACCCCGACAUCAGCGCGCUGUCCGAGGACGAGGAGAACAGCGAGAGCUCGGGCUCGGAGGAGAAGCCGUUCCACAUGGACGGCGCGGGAUUCCCGAUGAAAAGCGGCAAGCGGCGCAGCGGCAAGAGCCGCGGCAGGAUGUCCCGGGAGCCCCGGCAGCGGCACACGGCCAACGCCCGCGAACGGGACCGGACCAACUCGGUGAACACGGCGUUCACGGCGCUGAGGACGCUCAUCCCCACCGAGCCGGCCGACAGGAAACUCUCCAAGAUCGAGACGCUGCGCCUCGCCUCCAGCUACAUCUCGCACCUGGGCAACGUGCUGCUGCUCGGGGAGGCCAGCGGGAACGGGCAGCCGUGCCACGGCGCCUUCUACCCCGGCGGGGCCGCCUCGCCCCCCGGGAGGGAGGGAGAGAGCGCCCAGCCCCGGCAGAUCUGCACCUUCUGCCUCAGCAACCAGAGGAGGAUGGUGAGUGGGACCGGGAUAUCGGGAAUGGGGUCUGGGAUAACGGGAAUAGGGACUGGGAUAACGGGAAUGGGACUGGGAUAA